GAUGUCUUUUUGUCGCUCAUGCGCCGGGGUCAGGGCAGGAACAGAUGAGAGGCAGGAUCGUAGCAAAGGCGAAGAAGUGCUUCAUUCAAAAGAACUGCAUGGUUUUUAUUGAGUGAUAAGAUGGAUUCUAUUCUAUUGGCUAACACUAACAUCUUUCUCAUGCACUGCCCUUGAAAGGAACGGAAAAACAAGGUGGAAAAAUAAGCUAGAAAAACAGCACCUGCAAGUUGUUUAUGGUCAACAGGUUAUCACAUCUUUCCAACUCCCUAAAAUCUCUCACAAGCCGCUGUGCAAAACGCUUGCUAUUUCUCUCUCCCUGUCCCAUGGCACCCACAUCUUUUGACUGAAUCAAUAUUACAGCCCUUCCUUUGUAAACUAAGCUGUUUAAUAUUUUGGGCGUAAAUAUCUCAAGUGAGGGUGCCCAGAGGAUGGAGCUUGGUUGUGCUCAGUGGUGCCAAGCAAUAGGACAGGAGGCGAGGGGCAGAAACUAAUUCCCAGAAGUUCCACCUGAACAUGAACAAAGGCUUCAUUACUGUGCAGGUGACUGAGCAUUGGAGCAGAUAGUCCAGAGAGGCUGUGGAUUCCCCCGACUGGAAAUAUUCAACAUCCCUCUGGAUGCAGUCCUGUGCAAUGCGCUCUGGGAUAGGCCUGCUUGAGCAGGGAGGUUCCGCCAGAUGACGCACUGUAGUCCCUUCCACCCUAACCCAUCCUGGGAUUCUGUUGUACGUGCAAUUAGCUGCCUCUUCGGGCAAAGGGCUGCCCUGCACCUGUCAGUGCGGCUGUGCUGCGCCGGCCCAGGACACGCGAGUGCCGCAUCCCGGCUCCAUCCCCCCUGGGCCGCCCUUGCCCUGAUUUAAGAUGGCGGCGGCCGCGCCCGGUCACGUGCCGGCGGGCGGGGCGGCCGCGCUUUCCUCUCCGGUGGCGGCGCGCGCGGCAGGAUGGAGCCGGCGGCGCUGGAGCGGUUCCACAGCCCGGGCAAGGGCAGCGGCCUCCGCUCCCGCCGGAGCGUGCGGCCCGGAGAGCUGCUCUACCACGACGCGCCCUUCGCCUACGUGCUCAGCAAGCAGCAGCUGGGCAGCGUGUGCGAGCGCUGCCUGCGCAGGAAUGAAAAUCUGCUCAGGUGCUCUCAGUGCAAGGUUGCUAAAUACUGUGGUAGAUCUUGUCAGAAAGAAGCUUGGCUGGACCACAAGCAGGAAUGCAAGUGUCUUAAGAGCAUCGUGCCAAAUUUUCCUCCAGACUCUGUCAGACUUGCUGGAAGGAUUGUUUUUAAACUACUCAGACAAUCAGUAUGCCCUUCUGAGAGACUCUACUCUUUUUCCAAUCUUCAGUCAAACGCUGAACGGUUAAGUGAAGAAAUGAAAGAUGGCCUCAGGCACCUUGCACAGACUUUGCAACUGUAUUUGAAAACUGAGAUCCAGGAUGAGUCUCAAUUGCCACCUGCAAUUGACUUUUUUCAGAUCUUCACAAAAGUGACCUGUAACUGUUUCACCAUCAGUAAUGGAGAGAUGCAGGAUGUUGGUGUUGGCCUCUAUCCCAGCAUGUCUUUACUGAACCACAGCUGUGACCCAAACUGUGUGAUCGUUUUUGAAGGAUUCCAGCUUUUACUUCACUCUGUCCGAGAGAUCCAGAUUGGUGAAGAGCUCACCAUCAGCUACGUUGAAUCACUGAUGCCUACCAGGGAACGCCAGAAGCAGCUGCUGCGCCAGUAUUGCUUCGAAUGUGAUUGUCCACUCUGCCAGAAUCAAGAGAAGGAUGCUGAGAAAUUGGCUGGUGAAGAGCAUGCCUGGAAAGAAGUCAAAGAUGCUGUAAAUGAAGUGAGAUAUCCAAAAUCAAAAGAAGAGUGGAAGCAUGUUCUGGCAAGAUGCCAGAAUCUCUUGAGGAGCCACAAGGGUCAUCUACCAGAUACAAAUAUCUAUCAGCUGAAAAUGCUUGACUGUGCCAUGGAUGCCUGUAUUAACCUUGAAUCCUGGGAAGAAGCAUUGUAUUAUGGCAGCAGGACUCUGGAACCAUACAGACUGUAUUAUCCUGGUUUCCAUCCACUGAGGGCUGUCCAGCUGAUGCGAGUGGGCAAACUGCAGUACAGUCAAGGCAUGGUUCCUCAGGCACUGGAAACCUUGAAGCAGGCCUAUAAUAUUAUGAAGGUGACCCAUGGGACAGAUCACAGCUUGAUGAAAGUCUUGAUGGAGAUAAAGGAAGAGUGUGAGGCCAUGAUGAGAAUACAGUGAAGAUAAUCUCUAGUCUGGAAAACAAAAUAUUCAAGGACAAAGAAAAUGGUUUCUAUUUAAUUCUGAAGCUUCUCAAUGGUUUUAGUGUUUUUUCUUUAGGUCCUAUUUGCUUUACAAAAAGGUUUAGUAUCAGUUUUGCUGUAUGGUCUGAAUUGAGUUGAUGUUUGGCAGAAUUCCUGUAAUUUUUAGAGGAUUUUUUUUUGUCAUCAAUCAUCAGUCUUAUUGACAAUAACUAACAAUACCUAAUUAUUUGAUUGUAAUUAUUGGGAAAUGCAUGCAGAGUCUUCAUCAGUUACAAAGUGAUCUAAUUUCAUUGAUAUCAGCAGUCAAUUUUUUGUAUCAGUUUAUGCUGGCAAUUAGGAAUCUCUUGUCAGACACAUUAUAAAUUAAGAGAAUAUACUUUUUUCACUUUGCCUUGC